AUGAUAGUAGUUGUAGUGAUUCUGGGUUUCUGUCGAUUGUUAGUGGAAGUGAAGAAGAAUGACUUGUCACUACUCACACAAAUGUUAAAACGAGUCGGAUCCGGUUCACCUGUUUACCUCUGCGCUGUUCUUGAAUACAUCGCUGCAAAGUUAUUGGAGCUUGCUGGGAAUGGUGCAAGAGAUAACAAGAAGAAUCGAAUUAUUCCAAGGCACAUCCAGUUGGCAGUGAGGAAUGAUGAGGAGUUGAGCAAGUUGUUGGGUUCGGUGACAAUUGCGAAUGGUGGUGUUCUGCCCAAUAUUCAUCAAACACUUCUGGUGAAGAAGACUAGUGGGAAGGGUGAAAUUGGGUCUACUUCACAAGAAUUUUAG